AUGGAUUUGGUCUCGGAUUCAACAAACCCAAGCUACAAGAUUGAGAGUCCAGUGACUCCAAACGCGAAUCUAACAAUAGCAAACACAGGCAUGUCAUCUCCUUCUUCAGCGAGCAACAGUGGAGGCACUCCAAGCAGGUACGAGAACCAAAAGCGGAGAGACUGGAACACGUUCAUCCAGUACCUGAGGAACCACCGUCCACCACUCUCUUUGGCCCUGUGCAGUGGUGCGCACGUGCUGGAAUUCCUUCACUACCUUGACCAGUUCGGGAAGACCAAAGUACAUAACCACCCUUGCCCUUUCUUCGGCCUCCCAAACCCUCCUGCCCCAUGCCCCUGCCCUCUCCGCCAGGCAUGGGGUAGCCUCGACGCGCUCAUCGGUCGUCUACGCGCCGCCUAUGAAGAAAACGGUGGCAGACCCGAAACCAACCCUUUUGGUGCUCGAGCGGUGAGGAUUUACUUGCGAGAUGUUCGUGAUUUUCAGGCAAAGGCUAGAGGUGUUAGCUAUGAAAAGAAGAGGAAGAGGCCAAAGCCAAAGAUCACUACCACUAAUGCUACUUAG